UUGGGGGAGAGCACAAAUACAUUAAGCUGUCUGAGCUGACAUUUGAUACUUUUUUGAAAGAAGGUGCCUCGCAAUCAUCACCAUGCUCCGUAACAUCUGACGACACUGUCAUUCUAAACUUCUCGAUGUGUGACGAUGAAGAGGCAUCUCCUUUUGGAGCAAGUCAACCCAAAAGCCAUGUCGCAAAAGCGUUGAUUGGAAAAAUCCUGACAUCAAGGCCUGGUGGUGAACGCAUCAUGCAAGAGUAUGGAAAAACCAAAUCUUUGACAGAUGCCACUAGAAGACAGAUGAUGAACAUACUUGCUGCUGAGAUGACAGAAACACAUGGGACAUCGCCCCCCAAAAGUGUCAGAGUGAUGUAUGCACAGGGGAUAGUUGCUUUGUUUCCCUAUCUGGAAGACCCAUUUUCACAACAUGGAUAUGAACAUUACUACGAUCCAGAGAGUGGUUCUGGAUACCUUGCAUGGCGAUUGAAGACCAUUCAAAGAAAAAGUUCAGAGGAAAGAGGUGGCUCAGUUAGCAGAUCUCCCAAAGUUGGUGGGCCAAGCCAUGGUCGACAACCAUUCAUAAGUGACAAAGUGCAAUCUGAUGAGGAUGUGGAAGCAGCAAUUGCAGUUUUGAGACACUCUGCUGAGGAAGACACUAUCCGUGAGAAGAUGAAAACUACCUUCAUUUAUCGCCAAGCAAUGGUCAAUGAUAAAAGUAAAGCAGCAGAUGUCUUCUUGGUCUUUCCACGGUUUCUGGACACACCAGGACUGAUAGAACAAGAUUUCAGACUCCUGUUUGGUGAGGCCACAGCCAACACAUUUUUGGAGAGGUGGCCAACCACUUUCAGAGCAAGAGUCAUAAAAGAAAGCCAUGGACUGGUGCCUACCACAGAGCUCUUGGAUUUAAUGCGCAAUGCUGAGUCAACCGCUGAAGUUGAGAACGGGUGGGACAAUGACAUGUCUGCGAUUUUGCUGCUGCUACAUCUGCUACCACCAUCUGCGCAAGGUCGAAUAAGGCCAGGAAAGAUAUCUGCAUCUCAAGCUGUAGAUCAGCUCAUCAGAUUUCAAAAGGCUGGAACCAGCGUGCAACAACAUCUGGACAACAUCACCCAAAGCAGUCAGCCUUAUCUUCUUGCGCAGGGAUCCACCAGAAGCAGCAUUCACUCAUACUUCAUUGUGAUCGACAAGCACGCACUUCCAUGCAAGGCAACAGGGUCAGUUGGAGCCUUUGAUGAACUCAUUAAAGCCCAUUACGUCUUUGGUACGUCAUACAGUUUUUCCCUGAGCAGCUUUUUCACUUUUGUGCAAACAAACAUCUAUAAUAUUGACAUGGGCGAAACAAAGGAAACUCCCAGGAUUGCUGAAUUGCGAGCAAGAAUGUUGCAUUGAGUGAAUAACUUUUGAGACCGAACCAUGAGGUGUUUUUUUUUUUUUGCAAAAGUGACCAUGGAAGUCCAAGCGGCCUUGUUAAGCACUUAAGUUACGUUUUUACAGUAGCUUUUCAAGAACAUUUCCAUGCAUAUGAAGUGGCAAGGUCAAAGCAAGAUUUUGUUGUUUUUCAUGUCGACAACCUGAUUUAUCCUAGGCCUUUGGAUAUACAAAUGUCUUAUGGAUUUAAUGACAAAGCUCUGUUUGUUGUCCCAUAUUGCUUUCUUUGGUGAGGUGUUUCAUAAACCAUUGUCAUAUCAUAUCAUUGUCAUUA